AUGUUCUCCUACCAAUCUAUAGUUGCUCUAUCAAUUGCUACAUGUGUCUCACAGUUUACCUUCACACUCUCACAACAACUCACGACAGUCCAGUGUAUAAAGCAAUUUGGUAUCACAACGCCAACAUCAGAAGCAACGUGUAGUGAUAAGGAUGACAAACAAUGGAACUGCACGGCGGCCAAGUGCGAAAAAGAUGGUAAUCUUUGGGUAUCAAUGAGUGGUUGUAUCCUCAUCGGUGGUCCCCCAGGAACGAGUACGCAACAAUGCUCGCGUUACGCUCUUGUUCCAAGAGGAGAUAAUUAUCAAUGCUGGAAUUCAGAGGGCACCAACAGGUACCUUUGCCCUUACACACCUUUUGAUGUUCCCUACAUCACAUGUACAGAAUGUGCGGAGCAAAAGGGACCUGCGGGUCCGGCUUUUGGCGGAGUUGGUUCAAUUGGCAGAAGAUCUUUGUAA